CUUGAUGACUCUGAUAUUUUAAGUGAAUUACCGAAAUGUCCUUCGUAGAAAUAGUUUCAAAGAUCAAUGCAAUCAAUGAAUCGAUUUUAGACGAUUUGUGCUGUGAGUAUAUUUAUGAGGAUAAUGAAGAGUUUAAUAAUCACUUAGAAGUAACAAAGAGUUGGUUUGAAAGGAUAUCAUUUGUAAACAAGAAACUAUAUUUAUUGGCUCUUUUGGAAGACGUGCGGAGCGCAUGGACAUUAUCUUUACUGUUGAAGUCCAUAUGGAAUUGUCGACCUAAAGAUUCCAUAUUUUCUAUUAGCAGACGUAAAGUUCUGAGCAUCUACGACCAGGCACCAUUCGAUCACAACAGAACUGCUCUGCCUGUGUCCAUUCUGACACAAGUUAUGACGGAAGAUAGAAAAUGGUUUGUUUCGUUAGAGCCAGAAGCUCAAGCGCUAGUAUUAUUGGAAUUGGUGUCAGUGGCAGGAGGGCCCGUGGUAUGGCAAGUGUACGCUCGGGCGCAGAAAAUAUACGACCGCUACCGAGAAUACGAGAUUGAUAACCUAAAGGAAUCUAUGGUGGUUGCUGAGACAGCGCAUCACGGCAAGACAUCGCACCAUGCAGAUUUAGCUCAUCAUAUGAAAAAAGAUCCGCUUCGACGCAAAAACGGCGACUCACUCAGUGCAGUUAAAGAUGUGACGACCGCUGAAGGGUCCAGCGGUAAGGCGCAAAAGAAGUUAGAUGAAUGUAUGCUCGUUUGGAAUGGUACUAUGAAAUUGAUUCGAGAUAGCUUUAAAUUGGAAGAAAUAGAAACGACUUUCAAUGACGGCACAAAGAAGAGAAUUUGGAAAGUGGACAGGCCAAUGCCUGAGGCUAUGGAGACGGUUGAUUUUUUGCAAUUACUACCAUCUGCUAUUGGAAAACGUAUUCUAUGCUUUCUACCUUUAUCCCAAUUAGUUGAAUGUUCUAAAGUUAAUAAGUAUUGGUCAUAUCUUAUCGAUGAACUGAAAGCAGAAAUCGUAGCAAGACAGAAAAUUCAAGUGGAGUUGGAAAAAUUGCGAGAAAUAAUGUUACGUCACAACGAGAGUGAGGACACAUUGGAUCAAUCAGGCUUCCAAAUAGACCACUUCAGUUCACAGCCACCAAGCCUAGUGCCCACAACUUCAGUGAAGACGAGAUGUGGACUGCCCAGUAUACGCGCUAGUCAGAAGUCCGGACAUUUUUCUUUUAGGCACUUGAAAGAGAAGAUGAAUAAACCUCGCAAAUAUGUCGCUCCAAAACCUAUAAAAAACAUGGCGGAUCUGUACGAACGUUUAGAAAGGCGCGGUGCGGCCGAUGAAAAUAUAUGGAAAUGGUGUAAAAAUGUCUCCAAGCAAUACAAACAAUCGAAGUCAAAGGAGGAUGUGGACGAAAGAGACGAGAUGCCAAUGGGCCUCAAACAUUUUCCAUGCCCUAUGUUAAAUGAAACUAUAUCAGUACCACUUCGUAAGCCGCUUGUCAAAGAUCCUGCGGCUAUCAAAAUUCCAAUCAAAUCGACUACUUUUAAAAUAAAACUUACAGAAGAUGUGAUCGUGACGAAGGAUCAAGAUACUAAACGUUUCACUUUAUGGAGCAAAGACUUUUCAAGUUUGUAUCCAGCAUCAAAAAUUGCAACUUACCAAUCUCCUAUUUAA